UGAUGGCAGACAAAAGUCAAGCAUGUGGCGGACGUCGAGUCAUCAUCCUCGUCGUUAUUGUGCUGAUUCUUGUGUGUGUGGCAGUCGGAAUGGUCAUCUGGGCAACAACUAGGAAAACAAACGACACGGACGAUAAAUCUGGAAAAUCGUCAUGGAUAUUCGGUAAAGCAGAACUUCAGAGAAAUGGUAAAUCAUUUGAUUUCUUUUAUGAUCAACCUACAAAGCUCCAGGGACAAUUUGGCGUCAAUCAGUCACUCGGAAUACCUCAGGAUUGUUCACAAUCUGCACACGUUGAUUUAUGUCUCGAUUGGGAGAGAGACCGGAAGCUUGAAAUAGAAUAUACCCAGACAGGAAAUGUCUCUUGUUACUAUAUUCGAUGGACUGCGCAAAUGUGUCCAGGUCAGAUUUUAAAAGAUUGUUAUGAUAUCGGCGAUAAUCAUUGGUAUGGAGGCUACGAAGACUACCAUCAAUACUGGCCUCUCGAAAGAACAAAUCGGAACACCUCGGCAUAUGCCCCUACAGACACAUUUAUAGAUGAAAUCGGAGACGUCGUUGACAGAUACUUUAUUUCGACAGGCGGUAUAGGAAUAUUUAUCGAGAAGGACGUUCCUUUGUAUAUCAGCAUUAAUGAAACUCGUGACAAGAAAAUUUGUCUGACAUCAACCUAUAAUGAGUUGUACCCAUACGUUAACAUAGAAGGAAAACUGCCGUCACUUAAAUAUCACGUUUGUCAUGCUGAAAAUGUUCGUAACAUACACGAUUACAUGUCAAACAGGUUCCAUAGCAAGCCUUCGGAUAUACCAGAUAGACAACUCUUCAAGUACCCCAUCUGGUCCACAUGGGCUCAGUACCACACGGACAUUAACCAAACCACUACUUUACAGUUCGCUGACGAUAUCCUCAAAAAUGAUUUGCCUCAUUCACAGAUAGAAAUCGACGAUAACUGGACUCCAAGAUACGGCGAUAUGACCUUUGACCAAAUAAAAUUUCCGGACGCGAAGCGCAUGAUCAAAGACCUCACAGACAUGGGUUUUCGGGUUACGAUAUGGAUUCAUCCAUUCUUUAAUAUAGACUCCGAAAAUUUCAAGAUAGGAGCAUCAAAGGAAUAUCUGCUUCGUCAGGUCGGAAGUCGACUACCGGCGUUAGUAUCGUGGUGGCGAGGACAGGCAGCUGCUGUUUUAGAUGUAUCGAAUGCUGAGGCUGUUGAUUGGUUCCUCCAGUUUCUCUCUCAACUUCAAACAGAGUACAAUAUUAGUUCAUUUAAAUUUGACGGCGGUAAUGGUAACACAAUUCCAAAGGUAUUUUCUUUUCAAAACAAUGACAGCAAUCCCAAUGUAUAUGCCGAACUGUGGGCCCGUCUAGCGUAUUGGUCCGACACAACAGUUCGGCAUCAAGAGGUACGUGUUGGAGCAAGUACGCAGGACCUGCCAAUAUUUGUCAGGGUAUUAGACCUGACGUCAUCAUGGGAUCGGAACAACGGCCUGGAAAAACUUAUCCCGGUCGCCAUGACAUUCGGCCUUCUUGGAUAUCCAUAUGUUCUGCCGGAUAUGAUUGGCGGGAAUGGAUACAUUGGAGUUCCGGACCGCGAGCUGUACAUCCGAUGGCUACAGGCCAACACAUUUCUUCCCGCCAUGCAAUUUUCGAUAGGUCCUUGGCUUUUCGACGAGGCAGUUGUCAACAUGACACGUGACUAUAUUAACUUACAUGCAAACUAUUCUGAUGUUAUUGUCAGUCUUGCGCAAGAAGCAACACGAACAGGUGCGCCAAUCAUCAGGCCGUUAUGGUGGGUGGCACCAGACGACCCCACCGCACAGACAAUAGACUCGGAGUUUCUACUAGGGAAUGAUAUUCUUGUCGCACCUGUCCUGAAGAAAGGGGCUCGACAUAGGGAUAUCUAUCUGGUAGAGGGACAAUGGCUGGAUAUGCUUAGAGGUUCGGUUCUGCAGCCCGGUUGGAUAAGAAACUACUCUGCCGACCUUCACGAACUGCCGUUCUUUGUUAGGCUUAACGCUUCACUUACAAGUAAUUAAAUGUUGUUGCAAAACACACUCAGCUUACCUUAUAUCAAACCAUUCGUUAUUCUAAAACAAACAUCGACACGCCUUCAGAUAAAAAAUAUAGAUGCUAUUAUGGAGUAGUAUCUAUGUCUAUGUCUGGUCUUGAAGAUAAGAUUAGGUAAAUUCGAACUGAGCGUGUAGAAUUUUGGUUAAAACUAAGGUUCUAGGUCCAAAGAUGGAAUUCAUGAUUCCUCGAAACCUUCAUAACGAUAAACUGGUAUGUACAAUGUCCUAGGAUACGAUAGAAAUUGAAAAUGCUAUUGCGAAAGAAGCUGUAAAUAUUGUCGAUCCUCAACAUAACGCACCGAUUGUGAAAAAUCUGUAAAAGAAAAUCUGUAUUUAGUUUGGUUCACUGAACGUCUCACGCAUCUUUGGAUUUAAAUAAAUCAGAGCAAUGAAAACUUGAUACGCCUACAAAACCUGUCUUAGACAGCAAUGUAGAGAAACGUCAAUUAGCGGAAUGCUUUUACCACGAAAAGCGCUUAAAUAAUAGCAUCGACAAAACUAUGUACGUUUAAAGUACUCGGAAAGGAGUGUAAUUAAGUUUAAAUUAAAGCAAAUUGGAAUUUCCAUGAUUUUUUGAAGAGUGCAAAAUUAUAUAAAAUCCAACCAAAGGUUUCGGCAGGUUUUUUAUCAUUUGUAUACAAAUGGUAUUCAUUAUGUUGAUCGUAUACUUUUUUCACAUUAUAUAUUAUGUAUUGUGGAGAGGUCCUUAGUAAUGUUGUAAUAACUUGUUCCUAAUUAAUGUUUAAAUCAAUAGGUUAGUUGUAUAGUUUAGUUGACUCCUCAUUUUAGAAAUGUAACGUUACGUCAACGAUUGUUUUGUAAUAUUACUGCAAUCACUAAACACAACUGAAAAAAAGAUGAAUUGUAACAUUGUAUGGUCUAACUGUUGGUUUAUAAGUGGGUAUUUAUAACAAAAACGUUCAAAAACGGACACAUUGAUAGAUCAACCGUUUGUUUCUUUGGUCUGCUGACAAUUCUAUAGUUGGUUUGUCAAUUUCGUUAUAUUUUCUUUUAAUUCAUUUUUGUACAUAUGUAUGUAAGAUGAAUUUCCAUUGGCUUACAAAUUUCAAUUAUCAGCCCAUUACAUAAAAAUGACGUAACGUAACGUGCCAUAUAAAAUAUUCUACUGAUGUUUGUGGGCGAAUUCUUCAUUCGCUAUGAAAAAGAUAAUAAAACAACAAUAAAAUUUUAUUUCAUUUUAUUUCAUGUGUUUGUUUAUAACAGAUAUCUAAUAUUUGAGCAAAAAUAAAACUUAAAUGAAACCACUUCAUAAUAAAAUAUGUUUUUCAAUAAUUGAUAAUUUGUAUAAAUAAUCACUGAAGGUGUUGUCAAAUAUCAACAAAAGUUUCUAUAAAGCAUCAAGUUCUUCAGCUGCUUGGUGAUAUUAAUGCCUUAAAGUUUGAUAACCACCAGGAAUGAGGCAGUUCCUAGCUGUUAUUUUAAUAUUUUGAAAUAAGAUUAGAACACGCUUGCAUAAAAAUAAUAUUUAACAUUACGAGAUUCUUCACGGAAAUCUAAUAACAUAUUUGUAUUUGUGAAAUAGAUGUUAUAGCCUUUUUAUAAGAGACAGGGAGAUGAUAUAUAUGUUAAUGGUUAAAAAAUAAAGAUAUUGGGCAGAGCAGAAAGCAAGAGGUAAAAAAAGAAAAC